GUCGUCAACCUUGUUCACCAUGGAUGUGUCAGGAGCUGCCUCUCAAAAUGAUGUGCCAUUAGGCUUAGAUACAAAAACCGCGGAAGAAUAUGCUUCCCAGGCUAAAUUGUUUCAAGAGUUCACCAAUAUCUGUAGCAUUGACAAAGCAUGGAUUUUUAAGUCUGAUUGUGAAAAGGGUUCCCAGGCAAUGUUUCUUGUUAGCCAAGCAAAUCUCUUGGCAAACAAAAGGAGGAAACACAUGCUAUCUGCUCAUAUUUCAGAAAAAAGUAACCAAUCUGUUAGCUUCCAUUGGGCCCCGUUCCCUGUUGAGAUGACGGGUGUGUCUAUAAUUGCUCCCUCACCGUCAGGUUUGAAGCUUCUUGUAAUUCGGAAUCAAGAAAGUGGAUCUCCCAUCCAAUUUGAGGUAUGGGACUCAUCUCAGUUGCAAAAGGAAAUACAUGUCCCACAAUCUGUUCAUGGAUCAGUAUAUACAGAAGGAUGGUUUGAGGGCAUCUCUUGGAACUCUGAUGAAACUCAAAUUGCUUAUGUUGCUGAGGAGCCAUCUUCCUCAAAGCCCAUGUUUGAUGGUUUCGGCUACAAGAAAGGAGGUUCUACAGAUAAGGACUGUGGAAGCUGGAAAGGUCAAGGAGAGUGGGAUGAGGACUGGGGGGAAACCUAUGCGGGGAAAAGGCAGCCAGCACUCUUUGUCAUCAAUGUUAACAGUGGAGAUGUCCGUGCUGUUCAAGGAAUUGGGAAGUCCUUGAGUGUUGGACAAGUUGUAUGGGUACCAUCAACCAGUGGUUUGCAACAAUAUUUGGUUUUUGUUGGGUGGCCAUCAGAAAAUGGUCCGCAGAAAGUUGCAAGAAAGCUUGGCAUGCAAUAUGCGUACAAUAGGCCAUGCGCCUUGUAUGCAGUUAGUUCUCCAUUUCAUGAAGCAGAAGCUGAUGUACUUCCACUCAAAAUUACUGAAACCAAAGGCUCUGUGAUGGUUAAUCUAACUGAAAGCAUAAGUAGUGCUCUGUUCCCGCGGUUCAGUCCAGAUGGAAAGUGUCUGGUGUUUCUGUCUGCAAAAAGUUCUGUGGACAGUGGAACAUCCUUUGCAACACAAUCGCUUCAUAGAAUUGAUUGGCCCGCAGAUGGAAAGCCAUGCUCAAGUGCAGCACUUGUUGAUGUGGUCCCUGUAGUGAUGUCUGCUGAGGAUGGUUGCUUCCCUGGGCUUUAUUGUUCAAGUGUUCUUGCUAAACCUUGGCUUUCUGAUGGAUUUACUAUGAUUUUGUCUUCCAUCUGGCGAAGCACUGUAGUGCUACUUGCUAUAAAUGUGCUGAGUGGGAAAAUAUCACGUAUUAGCCCUGUUGAUUCAACUCAUUCAUGGAACAUUCUUACGCUGGACGGGGACAAUGUUCUUGCUGUGUCUAGCAGUCCCAUAGACCCUCCUCAGAUAAAGUUUGGAAGUCACAUAAAGAAGGAAGAAGAACAUGCAAGUGGUACAUGGGGUUGGAUGGAUGUCUCAAGUCCCCUGUCCAGAUACUCUGAAAAGGUUCUAUCUUUGCUAUCAUUCCUUCAGUUCAGUAUAAUGCAGAUUCCUGUUAGGGAUACAUCCAACAACCUUAGUAGAGGUGCCAGUGACCCUUUUGAAGCUAUAUUUGUAUCUUCCAGCUCUCAGAAGAAUGGUGUAUGUAAUCCACUAAUUGUAAUGCUUCAUGGUGGACCACAUUCUGUCUCAGUGACAAGCUUUUCAAAGUCUCUAGCAUUUUUAUCUUCAAUUGGUUACAGCUUACUCAUCGUAAAUUAUAGAGGCUCGCUGGGGUUUGGAGAGGAGGCAUUACAAUCUCUUCCGGGGAAAAUUGGGUCCCAGGAUGUUAAUGACGUUCUAACAGCUAUAGACCAUGUAAUUGACAUGGGACUAGCUGAUCGAUCUAAAAUAUCUGUGCUUGGAGGUUCACAUGGUGGUUUUUUGACAACCCACUUAAUUGGCCAGGAACCAGAUCGGUUUGUUGCAGCCGCUGUGAGGAAUCCUGUCUGUAACCUUACAUUGAUGGUGGGAACAAGUGAUAAACCUGAUUGGUGUUAUGUAGAGGCAUGUGGCAUUGAAGGAAAAUCCUAUUUCACAGACGCACCUUCCAUUGAACAGUUGCAUCUUUUCUACAGCAAAUCUCCUAUUUCACACAUCUCUAAGGUCAAAACUCCAACCCUUAUUCUUUUAGGCGCCCAGGAUCGUCGAGUUCCAUUUGCCAAUGGGUUGCAAUAUGCUAGGGCGUUGAAGGAGAAAGGAGUUGAGGUCAAAGUUAUUGUGUUUCCAAAUGAUGUUCAUUCAAUUGACAGACCACAAUCUGACUUUGAAAGCUUCCUUAACAUUGGAGUGUGGUUCAAGAAGUAUUGUUCUUAAGCAAGCAUUGCUGGUCCAAGGCCAAGUCUGGGAUCUAGGGAUAAUGACUAGAUUGGAAUAUCAUGAUUCGAUAUACUGUUUCCAUAUACAUUUAAUAAAUAAAUAAAGCAAUUAAUCAAUAACGCUCAUUUGUUCUUUGAUGGGGUUGGUUUUCUGGGGCCUUUGCUUAUGUUCAAAUGUUAAUAUUGGCAUAGGAAUGAUCUUAUAAUUGUUAUUAUUUUGGCAUAAUAUAAUGUCAU